AUGCAUUAUCUAUCGAGUUCAAAACUUUCCGAUUUGGUUUCAAAGAUCAAAGAGUCAUCGUUUAAUGGAAGAUGGCAACAAGUAUUAUCGUUAUGCAAUGAAUUGAACAAAUCAGGAGGACUUCAAUUGACCCAACCUUCAUUGUUCCAUCCCAUUUUAAAGGCCUGUGCUGCAAUAUCUUUGAACCAUGGGAAGUCCCUUCAUGCAUCUGUGAUUAAACUUGGAGUUGAAUCAUGCACAUCUAUCGGAAAUUCGAUCAUGGAUUUGUAUGCAAAAGCUGGGCAAAUGGGUUCAACAUUCAGUGUCUUUGGUUGCAUGACGAUCAAGGAUUCUGUUUCAUGGAAUAUUUUAAUUUCUGGGCAUCUUCAUCAUGGUGAUAUGGAUAGAGGGAUUUGUUUGUUUAUGCAGGCUAGAGCAACAGGAUUUGCACCCAAUAUCUCCACUUUAGUACUUGUAAUUCAAACAAUUCGCAAUCUUGGAGCUUUACGUGAAGGACAGAAAAUGCAUGGUUAUAUGAUCAAGACUCGGUUUUUAGCCACCUCAUCGGUCCAAAACUCUCUCUUGUCCAUGUACGCAGAUAUGGCUAUGGAGUUCGCACGCAAGCUGUUCGAUGAAAUGUCUAACAGAGAUAUGAUUACUUGGAGUAUCAUGAUUUCAGGCUAUGUUAAAGAUAACGAAUCGUGUGUUGCUUUGGGGGUUUUUCGGGAAAUGUUAUCACAUUUGAGAACCGAAGUAGAUGGCCAAACAACAGUAAGUGCACUCAAAGCCUGCACCAAUUUAAACAAUCUUAUUACAGGAAGAAUGUUACAUGGAUUUAUCUUUCAUAGAGGUUUUGGGUUCGAUUUGUUUAUAGGGAACUCUUUAAUUGAUAUGUACUCCAAAUGCAACGAUCCCGAUUCCGCGUUACAAGCUUGGAGAGAAAUCCCUCUAAAAAACAUCGUUUCUUGGAAUUCUCUUUUAUCUGGAUUUGUUUCUAAUCACAAGCAUUCUGAAGCUCUUCAUCUUUUCGAUUCAAUGCAAAAGGUCGGAGUGGAGCCUGAUACAGUCACAUUGGUGAACCUCCUACAAGUAUGCAAACAUUUUGCAGAUCCACUUCUUUGCAAAGGCAUUCAUACUGUGAUAAUCCGACAAAACUACGAGUUAAACGAGUUGGUGAUUAAUACUCUAAUCGAUGUGUAUGCAAAGUGUAAUCUUAUAAAUUGGGCACAAAAACUUUUCAGUUGGAUCAAGAUUCGCGAUACUAUUACUUGGAGCACAAUGAUUGCAGCUUUCACAUAUUGUGGCUUGCCCGAUGAAUCAAUUGGAAUCUACCAGAAAAUGAUCGACGCACGAGAGAAACCCAAUGCCAUUACUAUAUUAAAUCUCAUCGAAGCCUGCUCCUUUGAUGCAGAACUAAAAAGACCAAAAUCGGCACAUGGGAUUGCCAUCAGAAGAGGCUUUGCAUCAGAUGCAAUCGUUGGGACUGCCAUUUUGGAUACGUACGCCAAAUAUGGCGAUAUAAUUACCGCAAAGAAGGCUUUCCACCAGAUUUCUAAUAAAAACGUUAUAUCAUACAGUGCCAUGAUUGCAGCAUAUGGUAUGAACGGUCUUGCUCGUGAUGCCCUAAGUUUGCUCGAUGAAAUGGAAACACGUGGUCUAAAGCCUAACUCCGUGACAAUACUCUCUGUAUUAUCAGCAUGCAGCCAUGGUGGUUUGAUUGAUAAAGGACUGUCGUUUUUCCAAAAGUUGAUCGAAACCCAAGAUUUCAAACCGAAUCUUGAACAUUACUCCUGUUUGAUAGAUUUAUUAAGUCGGUGUGGGAAACUUGAUCUUGGAACAGAACUGAUCAAGAAACUGGCAAAACAACAUAAAGCUGGCGCGAGUGCGUGGGGAGCCUUACUGAGUGGCUGCAGGAUAAGCUACAACGGAAACAAAGAAAUCAACGAGAAAGUGGUUUCUCGUGUUCUUGAACUGGAGCCAAAUAACUCGAGUGGUUACAUGCUUGCAUCAAGCGUGUUCGCUGCAAGGGGUUUGUGGGAGGAUGCUGCACGGAUUCGAGCCUUGGUAAGAGAGAAACAUGUUAAAAUUGUGGCCGGCAAUAGUAUGGUACAUGUAAACAACAAGUGUUAUAGGUUCGUUGCAGGAGAUAGAAAUCAGUUUUUGUCAAACGAAAUACGGACAACCAUUGAGGAAUUACACAAGUGUAUGAAGAUGAAAAAAUCUUGGAUGGAGUCCUAUUUGGUUUAGAUAGUGUCGGUUCUUGCAUAUAUACAGGUUUGAUGGUCUGAGUACGGCCGAUGUGGCACUUUCCUGCACCACCAGAUGGUCCAAACCUGCCUUUCCAACUGUAGCUGAUAGAGAGCUGUUAAAUAGCAAGAAAGCAAGAAAAGGAUGGAGUCAAGUUUCUAGCCUUUUGUUGCAAUGAUCACAGGUGGGCAUCUUUUAUUUCCUUGGUUCACUGCUUACUUUGAAAGAAUCCCACAUUAUGCAUGAUUUGAGGGGUUUUUGAACCAUUUAAAACCCCCUUAAACUAACAUCAUACUUGCUACAAAUCAUGGUGUAUAUGUAUAGAUACACAUUGUGCAUGAUUUCAGGUGUUCUUCAACCAUUUGAAACCAU